CGUCUUAAAGUUCAGAAGUCUUUAAUCUCGGAUUGGAGAUGUCGUCGGCUAGUGAUAACUCCGGAGCCGCAGUGGGAUCCUUCAAGCGGCACGACUCCAAGUCCAACCCGGAGAGCCACGUCAUCACGAUCAAGGAAAUCAUCGACGGCUCCAAGAAGACAAAGUCCAAGUCCGCGGCCGUCAUCCAGAAGGUGCCGGAGGAGCUCCGGAAGCUGAAGGAGAGCGCCUACACGCCCCGGUUCGUCUCCAUCGGGCCUCUUCACAGCAACAAUGACCACCUCAAAAAGCGCAUGCAGAACAUCAAGAUGUCCUACGUCAACGACCUCUUCGGCCGGAUGGCCGAAUCCGGCAAGGAGGAGAAAGCCCAGGUGCUGAAACGGUGCCAAGACGAAAUGAGUAAGCUCACCGGCGAAGCCAGGAAGUACUAUGCCGAGAAGGGCGAUUUGCUCACCGAGGACAUGCUCGUCAUUGACGGUUGUUUCGUUCUCGAGCUUCUCUACCGGAAACUUAAGUACCAAAUGACUAAAAACCCACCCGGCGACUAUCCGAUUUAUGGCAGUGAAUUGUUGCCCGACGGCGUCCAGAUCGAUCUGCUCCUGCUCGAGAACCAGCUUCCCUUCUUCGUUCUUGAGAAGCUCUUUGUCUUCACUGAGAACGCCAGGCCAAAUCCUUAUCCUAAAUUCAAUUUCAAUUCCAUUCAACAUUACGUUCUUCCGUACUUCCACAAUGUGAUGUUAUUAGAUCAAGUCGCCGAGUUUAAACCCAGUGGCAGCAGCGAGUCCACGGCGGACAAGAGUUUUCAUCACAUCCUUCAUCUUCUCCACGCACACUUAAUUCCUCAGAAUUCGAACAAAGAGCAGGUGGGCAAAAUCGUGUCCAUGAAAACCGCCCAAGACCUGGAUUUCGCCGGCGUGAAGUUCGUCCCCCGUACCGGAAAUUGCCCAUUCCAGGUGGACUUCAGAGAGACCAAAGGCUUCCGAUAUCUCUUCCACAGAGCCUCCUUCGAGAUCCCGACUUUGAACAUCAACAACUCAACAGAGCCGGUGCUCCGAAACCUCAUCGCUUUCGAGCAGUGCACCCCCCGCAAGCCGAGCUUCGUCACCUCGUACGCCUACCUCAUGGACAGGCUCGUCAGCACCGCGAAGGAUGUGGAGAUGCUAAUUGAGGCCUGCGUUCUGCUAAACUAUUUGGCCGCCGCUACAAGAAAUCUCCUGCCUCCAUUUCCCUCCAUCUCCCCGUCUCCUUUUCUCCCACCUCAUUCCCUAUCCCCUCUAUCGCCUGACUGCUGCGCGCAGCAUCUCCUUCUCCUUCUCCUGCUUUGGCUCCUUCUCCGUCUCUUUCGCCGCAACAUCUUGCCUCCAUCUCCUUUUCUGGCUCUAGCUUCAGUCGUAGCCUCCUUGUUGCCUCAACGCUGUUGCUGCCGCCGUCGCAUCCGCUACCUCAACGCCGCCGUCGCAUCCACUGCCGUUGUCGCAUCUGCUACCUCAACGUCGCCAUCGCAUCCCCUGCCUCAACGCCACCGUCGCAUCUAUCGGGAACAUUUGUGGCCUCGCUCAUAUGGGCUAACUGAUGGUCCAUCCUUAAGUGAUUUACGCAAUAUCCGCCCAGCGGAUGUGAAUGUGAAUCCAUCAAGAGGAAACAAAUUCUAUGGAGAAUGCUGUGCUCGUACAUCUAAUUAUUUGAAACCAGCAAGUAAAGAAUCUGCUUCUGAUACAGAGACGGAUAAGGAUAGAUGGGCACCACCAGUACAGGUGAGAAGGUACAAUCGGGAUUGUCGAGAAAUGAUUAUGAUGAGGUGCGCUGAAGAAGAGGUCUCUGAUCUGUUCAACAUGCUCUGCAAGGAAGUGGUUUUGGGCGACUUCUACUUCGCGCAGACGUGCCAGAACGCGGUGAAAUACAGCAAGCUGGGGUGGCCGCAAUUCAUGGGGUACAUGAGAAGGAAUUACUUUGCGAAACUGUGGACGUUCACGGCGUUCGUCGUUGCGUUUCUGGUUUUCGGCAUGACGGUGGGCAAUUUCAUCCGGAAUCUUCUUAGGUAAUCCGCGCCGAUGCUGUUUCGUCCGAGACUCUCUUCAAUCCACAUUUCUUUUUUAAAGUUAAGUGGCUGUGACCAAAAUUAUAUUAGCAAUAAAACUAUUCUGGUAAUAAAUUUGCAUUGGACAGUUUAGAGUGCAGUGUAUAGCAGCAG